GCCAACGCCGCGUUCAGAUGAGUUAACGUUAGCUCGACUAGCUAGUUUAGAUUAUUUCUGGCAGUGUUAUUUUGAUAAAUGGGUUGCUAACUAAAUACAUUUACAUUUACAUUUAAGUCAUUUAGCAGACGCUCUUAUCCAGAGCGACUUACAAAUUGGUGCAUUCACCUUAUGACAUCCAGUGGAACAGCCACUUUACAAUAGUGCAUCUAAAUCUUUUAAGGGGGUGAGAAGGAUUACUUUAUCCUAUCCUAGGUAUUCCUUAAAGAGGUAAAUAAAUAUAAAUAGUUACGUAGAUGGCUAUGUUAACUAGAUAUUCCCCUCAGUAUUGAAAUGGUAGAUGUGUUCCUAUUCAGCUAGCUAAAACAAUAAUCUCCAUUUGCCAUAAUGUUCACCCCAUUCUAUAAUUGAAAGCACUGCAAGCUUUUACCUGUACAUGUCCACGGGGAACUAGAUCGGAGGUUCCAUUCCUCAUGAAUAUUUUCAAUAGCUAAAUGUGAUCAGGGGCGGUUCUCUUGUAGCUAAGUGUUUCAUCAUCAAAUCAUGACUAUUGCUAGGUGGCUUACGAAUCUUGAGACAGCUGGAAGCUAUCAUGAAUUUCUCAUGAGUCACAGAAUAUUUCAAAUGUAUAUAAUUACAAGCUCUCACAAAGGAGAAGGUUUAGGCAUAUUUGUUGCUAUAGUUUGCUGUGGGAAUACCCUGCUACGUAGUAACUGACUGCUUUCUCGAUCUCAAAUGACAAAUUCACAGCAAGUAAACAAACUGAAUCUACAUGUGGGAGAAUGCUUAUGGUGACAAGAUGGUGUGUGUCAUACAGCAUUGCGGUCACUACAAUGGAGCAGAAAAAGAUGACACCAUCUAGAGUGGUCAAUGCAUUCUGAGGAAGUGUCUGGCUCAAGGGCAUGUUGAGACGUCUCACCAGGCCAGAGCAGAGGCGUCUAGGUGGGGCAGGCAGGGCCUGAAGGAGGGGUGGACAGACCGUGAGAACCAAAGCGAGCGACAUGGGCCAGUGUGUCACCAAGUGUAAGAACCCAUCGUCCUCGCUCGGGAGCAAGAGUGGCGACAAGGAGCCUGGGUCCAAGUCCCACCACAAGAAAUGCGGGGGCACGGGAGGCAGUGGGGGAGGAGGACACAAGGAGGAGCCCAGCUCCCUGAGCAGCAAGGCCUCCAGUGAGCUCAUGUUCAAUGGCACCAAGAAUGCCUUGGAGGUCACCGUGGAGACCACGAUGAUCCCCACAUCGGCCAUGAUGGGGGACCUGAGGAAUGAGGAGCACUCGGUGACAGAUAGGGAGGGGCCGUCCUUGCUGCGCAUCGAGGAGCUUUUCUGCUGCUACAAGGACCCGCAAGAGGAGUCUAUCUUGGAGGAGGGCAUGGAGAGGUUCUGCAACGACCUGUACGUGGACCCCGCCGAGUUCCGUGUGCUGGUCCUCGCUUGGAAGUUUCAGGCUGCCACCAUGUGCAAGUUUACAAGGAAGGAGUUUGUAGACGGAUGCAGGGCAAUCAAGGCAGACAGUCUCGAGGGCAUCUGCUCCCGGUUCCCCUUCAUGCUGCUGGAGGCGCAGGGCGAGGAGAACUUCAAGGAGCUGUACCGCUUCACCUUCCAGUUCGGCCUGGACGCCGAUGAAGGCCAGCGCUCGCUGCAGCGUGACAUUGCCAUUGCGCUGUGGCGCUUGGUCUUCACACAGGACACGCCAGCCAUCCUCGAGCACUGGCUGGAGUUCCUGGGCGAGAACCCGUCAGGUGUGCGGGGCAUCUCGCGGGACACCUGGAACAUGUUCCUCAACUUCACGCAGGCCAUCGGGCCGGACCUGAGCAACUACAGCGAGGACGAGGCCUGGCCAAGCCUCUUUGACACCUUUGUAGAGUGGGAGAUGGAGCGCAGGAGAAAAGAAGAGCAGUUAAAGAGGGCAGAGGAGGAGGACAGGGGAUGCACUGAGACAGAUGAGAGCUCUCCCUCCAGUACAGACAGACUUGAAACAGAGGGUGGACGGGGCUCACAGACCUGGGGGGGGCAAUGACUAUAGAAUUCUGGGAAGGGAGGUUGGGGUGGGCGGAGUCUGACCUAAGUGAACUGUACAUCUGUGAAUCAUUGGAUGACAAAUUGGUAUUACUGUUAUUCCUCUCUCUCCUUUUCUGUUGUGGUGGGCUGGGAUUCGCUUCCACCCUGCUUUAUUUCUGGUUAAUGAAAGGGCUAAAAUAACUAUUGUUUAAGCACUUCUAUUUAAGUUAUUUGUUUUAUUUUUCUUUAAUAUGUGUUUUAGGUAAUUUGGACUUGUGGUCCAUUUGAAUCUUUCCCCACCCUUCCUAAACUCACAAAACAAUCUCAGUAUAUAAGGUUGCUUUAAAAGCCAGGUGCCAGAAAGCCAUACCCCAAGUCUCAUAUUUUUACAGCUUACAUUGACCUGGAAACACUGGUGAUUUGACCUCUCACCCAAAGAUGCAGGCCUAUUAAAUUCUCAUAUUACAUUAAGGGAAAUCUAGUUGUCUGCAAAUAACACCUUAUUACCAGAACCUGAGCUUUACCUUUUGGGGUCAGUGAAAUCAACUUGAUUUUAAAUAAUGUUUUUAUUUUGGAACAAUAUUUGAGUGUGGAUGAAUUGGCUUGUGUUUUGAAAUGUGGACUAUUUAAAGGGUUAUUCUUGGCCUAUCUAUUGCCUGUAGUUGUGAUGGCCAACCAUGAUUUGUUCAAAGAUGUGGUCGUACUCAAGCGUGCAUAAUGUCCUAAGACGGAGUAAUGUCCUAAAGAAACAUUUAUUUGACAGUGACAAUACCAAUUUCUUCCUAGAAUUUUUAUUUUAUUUAUCUAAAUUAAAGUGUUUAGUGCAUUCGGAAUGUAUUCAGACCCCAUCACUUUUUCCACAUUUUGUUACAUUUUGCCUUAUUCUAAAAUGAAUUAAGUUAAUUUAUUUCCUCAUAAUGACAAAGCGAAAAACGUUGUCGAAAUUUUAGCAAUUUGAUUACAAAUAAACAAAUGCCUUAUUUACAUAAGUAUUCAGACCCUUUGCUAUGAGACUCGAAAUUGAGCUCAGGUGCAUCCUGUUCCAUUGAUCAUCUUUGAGAUGUUUCUACAACUUGAUUGGAGUCCACCUGUGGAAAAUUCAAUUGCUUGGACAUGAUUUGGAAAGGCACACACCUGCCUAUGUAACUUCCCACAGUUGACAGUGCAUGUCAGAGCAAAAACCAAGCCAUGAGGUCGAAGGAAUUUUCCAUAGAGCCCCGAGACAGGUUUGUGUCAAGAUCUGUGUCACAGAUCUGGGGAAGGGUACCAAACAAUGUAUCCUGCAUUGAAGGUCCCCAAGAACACAGUGACCUCCUCCAUUCUUAAAUGGAAGAAGUUUGGAACCACCAAGUCUCUUCCUACUGCUGGCCGCUCGGCCAAACUGAGCAAUCGGGAAAAGGGCCUUGAUCAGGGAAGUGACAAGAACCCGAUGGUCACUCUGACAGAGCUCCAGAGUUCCUCUGUGGAGAUGGUUGUCCUUCUGGAAGGUUCUUCCAUCUCUGCAGCACUCCACCAAUCAGGCCUUUAUGGGAGAGUGGCCAGACAGAAGCCACUCCUUGGUAAAAGGCACAUGACAGCCCGCUUGCAGUUUGCCAAAAGGUACUUAAAGGAGUCUGACCAUGACAUACAAGAUUCUCUGAAUGCCAAGAGUCAGGUCUGGAGGAAACCUGGCACCAUCGAAGGGACUGCCAGGUUAGGAUCAAGGGAAAUAUGAACAGAGCAAAGUACAGAGGGAUCCUUGAUGAAAACCUGCUCCAGAGCGCUCGGAACCUCAGAUUGGGUUGAAGGUUCACCUUCCAACAGGACAAUGACCAUAAGCACACAACUACGACAACACAGGAGUUGCGCUGGGACAAGGCUCUGAAUGUCCUUGAGUGGCCCAGCCAGAGCUGGACUUGAAACCGAUCGAACAUCUCUGGAGAGACCUGAAAAUAGCUGUGUGCGGCAACACUCCCCAUCCAACUUGACAGAGCAUGAGAGGAUCUGCAGUGAAGGUGCUCUAACAAAGUACAGAGUAAAGGGUCUGAAUACGUAUGUACAUUUUAUACUUAAGUUUUAUUUUUAUGAAUUAGGAAACAUUUCUGGUUUUUCCUUGUCAUUUUGGGGUAUUGUGUGUAGAUUGAGGGGGGGACAAUUGAAUUAAAUUUAGAAUAAGGCUGUAAUGUAACAAAAUGUGGAAUAAGUGAAGAUCUGAACUUUCUGAAUGCACUGUACCAAUAAGUCCUUUCAAAUGUCAAGUUGAUUUCUUCGAAAACGAUCCCACUCUUUUUAUGCUCUCUUCUGCUCUUUGAGUGCUCUAGACUGCAAAAGUGUCUUAGCUUAUUCUAACAACCAGGGCUUGGUUCCAUGUUGGUCCCUAGCCCCUUUUAGUGUUCACAGAUCCCAAAUGACUGGACGCAUCUAAGCGAUAUGGUUUUGGCCUGUGGACUUAUGCCUAUAGCUUUCACAUCUAGUUCUUUCAGGUCUGUGAACACCCUGGGGUAGGUAGGUGUUAUGGGUUGGCCCUGGUCUUGUGCAAACAGAAUGUGGCUCUACAUUCAGGACUGGGGCGUUACACAAAGCUUUUGUCUCGUUUACCUUUCCAAGUUCUCAACAAUCUUAUACCAUUGGACAGCUAUUCACUCUAGUUUUGUGAACAUGUCAAGAAUGUGUGUUGGCUGCUAGUGACCGUUGUGUUAAGUGCACAAAACACAAUAGUCCUCCUAGUCGCCAUGCUUGUAAUGCUCUCAUUCAUUUAUGUCUGCAGCACUCGGUUCUAAACCAUUCACAACUGUUGAAUGAACUUGGACAUAGCCCAGGCCUUUUGGUGACAGUGGAUCGUUAACCAGGUGUAUUGGCUCAUUGAGUAUCUGUAACUAGGUCAGGUGGUGCCCUUCUUGUGAGGUUUACAUUUACAAUGGUUUCAUUUCAGAUCCCUUUGCCCUUUUUAUAUAAAAUGCAUUGAUUUAUAAUAAAUAAAAGUGUUCAACUUUU